UGCUUAUAGGCUAAAGAUCACCUGGAUGAAAGGUCAUUAAGCUUUCUGCUGGGGGCUUGCUUUUGCUGUUGAAAGAGAAUUUUAGAGAGGGCUCCCUACAGCCUAGGGAGGCAGCCCGGGCUUCUGGCCCCUGCUCCAAACCACAGCGAAGAACUGGAUGAAGUUAAGACCAAUACUGAGCCACCAUGGCGUCUGUGUUUCGAAGUGAAGAGAUGUGCUUGUCCCAGCUGUUUCUGCAGGCUGAAGCUGCAUAUUGUUGUGUGGCAGAACUUGGGGAAUUGGGAUUGGUUCAAUUUAAAGAUCUAAAUGCAAACGUGAACAGCUUCCAACGAAAAUUUGUGAAUGAAGUCCGAAGGUGUGAAUCAUUGGAAAGAAUUCUCCGUUUCCUAGAAGAUGAGAUGAAAGAGGAGAUUGUGAUCCAAGUACCUGAGAAAUCUCCACAGACACCGCUACCUAGGGAAAUGAUUGAUCUUGAGAUCAUUUUGGAAAAGCUGGAGGGGGAGCUGCAGGAAGCAAAUCAGAAUCAGCAGGCUCUGAGAACCAACUUCUUGCAACUAACAGAACUCAAAUAUCUCCUGAAGAAAACAGAAGACUUCUUUGAGACUGAAAACAGCUUAAAUGAUGAUUUCUUUACUGAAGAUACCUCUGGACUCUUGGAACUGAAGAGUGUCCCUUCACCAGUGGCUGGGAAACUGGGGUUCACCGCCGGUGUCAUAAACAGGGAGAGAAUGGCUCCCUUUGAGCGUCUACUGUGGCGUGUUUGUCGAGGAAAUGUCUAUCUGAAGUAUACUGAGAUAGACACUCUUCUGGAGGAUCCUGUCACGAAAGAAGAGCUGAAAAAGAACAUAUUCAUCAUAUUUUAUCAAGGGGAUCAACUCAAAAAAAAAGUCAACAAAAUUUGUGAAGGAUUUAGGGCUACUGUUUAUCCCUGUCCUGAAGUGGCUUCUGAGAGGAGAGAAAUGUUGGCCAACGUCAAUGUGAGGCUGGAGGAUUUAAAUACUGUCAUAACUCAAACGGAAUCACACCGCCAGCGACUACUGCAGGAAGCGGCUGCCAACUGGUAUUCGUGGAGCAUCAAAGUACAGAAAAUGAAAGCCAUCUACCAUGUCCUAAAUUGCUGCAACAUUGAUGUAACCCAGCAGUGUAUUAUUGCUGAGAUCUGGUUCCCGGUGGCAGAUACUGUAGCUAUCAAAACAGCAUUACAGCAAGGAGUUGACAGAAGUGGCUCACCCAUUGCCCCCAUUAUGACAGCAGUGGAAAUGAAAUCAACUCCUCCUACUUUUAAUAGAAGCAAUAAAUUCACUGCUGGCUUUCAGAACAUUGUGGAUGCUUAUGGAGUAGGGAAUUACCGGGAGAUGAAUCCAACCCCCUACACCAUCAUUACUUUCCCCUUCCUGUUUGCUGUGAUGUUUGGAGACUGUGGCCAUGGAGCUAUCAUGCUGAUUUUGGCCCUUUGGAUGGUCAUGAAUGAAAAAAGUUUGCUUGCCCAGAAGAACACCAAUGAGAUCUGGAACACCUUCUUCAAUGGACGAUAUUUGAUCUUGCUCAUGGGUUUCUUCUCUGUCUACACUGGCUUCAUAUACAAUGACUGUUUCUCCAAGGCUCUCAAUAUCUUUGGCUCCUCCUGGAGUGUUCGGUCCAUGUUUACAAAUGGCACAUGGAAUUCUCACUUGGUGGAAACCAAUCCCAUUUUGCAGCUGGACCCAGCUGUCCCUGGAGUAUUUUCUGGAAAUCCAUACCCAUUUGGGAUUGACCCGGUCUGGAACAUUGCUGCAAACAAACUCACAUUUUUGAACUCCUAUAAAAUGAAAAUGUCUGUCAUUUUGGGGAUCAUCCAGAUGGUUUUUGGGGUUAUUCUUAGUCUUUUCAACCACAUAUAUUUCAGGAAAACUAUAAAUAUCGUUCUACAAUUCAUUCCCGAGAUGAUCUUUAUCCUUUGUCUAUUUGGCUACCUCGUUUUUAUGGUCAUUUUUAAAUGGUGCCAGUAUGAUGUCUACACAUCCCGAAGUGCCCCAAGUAUUCUCAUCCAUUUCAUCAACAUGUUCCUGUUCAAUUAUGAUGAUCCAACCAGUAAGCCCUUGUAUGCACACCAGAAAGAAGUACAGAGUUUCCUGGUUAUUUUUGCUUUGAUUGCUGUGCCAUGGAUGCUCCUGAUUAAGCCUUUUAUCCUUAGAGCUAGACACCGGAAAUCUCAGGCCCUUCUUAACAAUGCUGCAGCAGACAUUGAAGCAGAUGGGUCCAGUCAUUCUAAGAGUGCUGGCAAGGAGAAUUCUGCUGGUGCCCAGGGGGGACAUGAUGACCAUGAAGAGGAGUUCAAUUUUGGAGACAUCUUUGUCCACCAAGCUAUCCACACCAUUGAGUACUGCCUGGGUUGCAUUUCCAACACAGCAUCUUAUCUUCGACUGUGGGCUCUCAGCCUGGCUCAUUCACAAUUGUCAGAAGUGCUCUGGACUAUGGUGAUGAACAUUGGUCUCCGCCAGAGAAGCUGGGGAGGUCUCAUUGGGGUCUUCAUCAUUUUUGCCUUCUUUGCUGUUCUGACUGUAGCCAUCCUUCUGGUCAUGGAGGGUCUCUCAGCCUUCUUACAUGCACUUCGACUUCACUGGGUCGAGUUCCAGAACAAAUUCUACAGUGGGUGCGGCUACAAGUUUACUCCCUUCUCUUUUAAAGUGAUCCUGGACGGCACAGCAGAGGAAUAGACCUAAAAUGCUGGUGGUAGCUCCCCAACUUCCUGGAUCAAGUCUCUCUUUCAAUUUAACAGAGUCUUUUCAAAAAUCAGUCCUAGGCAGGGAACUCAAAAGAGUCAUUGUUCUGGAUUAAUCUGACACAUAAAGCUUUGUUUUAUUUGGUUCUAAGCCUUGAGGUCUAUUCGGAUUUAACCAUACCCUAGACAAAAGAUUUCUGCUCUUGUGGGCCAAAGAGAGAGUGAGAGAAAGGUCUUUGGACCUAACCUGAGGUCCUGAAUAGUGAAUCAGGUAAACAGGAUGCUAGAGAAACAAAGAAACAGAAGCUUAUUAAUAGAAUAUUUAGAGCAAAAAUGGGGCAUUAGAGAUCACUAAAAUUGACAUUGCCCUAUUCCCAUUUUACGGAUGUAGAAACUAGAAGCAAAGGAAAACUGGCGUAGCUGGUGGCAGAGCCAGGACAAUAGACUAUAUACUGAGUACCUGGCUGGGACUUAGUCUAUUCUACCACACUAUCUUUCACCAUCUGUCAAGAAAGUACUUUUUGUGAUUUUCUGUUUAU